ACUCCAAACCAAAGAACAAUGGGUUGUGCAACCAGAACCAUUAAAUGUAUCCUGCUAAUAUUCAACACGCUAUGGGCUAUCUUUGGCGUAUUAUUGCUGCUUCUGGCAGGAUUCGGUUGGGAUGCAAUGCCACAAAAUUAUGGCAUUGGUAUAAUUGCAUUGGGAUGUGUAAUUCUUCUUACCUCUUUGUUUGGAUGUUUCGGAUCGAUUCGGGAAUCAGCACGAAGCUUAUGGACAUAUGCCGUAAUGUUGCUGAUUCUACUGGUCCUAACGGUUGUUUUCAUUUGUUUGAACACCAGAGAUGUCUUUAAAAAUUAUGCCAUUCAAGAAGUAAAUCAGUUAUGGGACCAGGAAAUGAUACAUCCUGGUUCUAUGGAUCAAAAACAGAUUGUCUAUGAAUGCUGUGGCAAAAAUGGACCCGACGACUAUUUGCUGGCCGGUCGUAUCACACCAUCCAGUUGUUGCAAGGAUAGCAACUGCAUCAAUCCAUUGAACAUUUACGUAAACGGUUGUUUGGCGAAAAUCGAAGAGGCCUUCUCUAAUGAAGCUUUGACUUCACAAAUUUCCGAAUGGGUUUUGUUGGGUCUAAAUGCUGUAGUUCUGUUGAUGUCAAUAAUGUUGGCCAUUCAUUACACGAACCAAAGGCGGCGUUUCAAUUACUAAAUGCUGAUUGAGAACAGUUU